AUGGCUGCUUCUUCACCAGAAGGGGCCACUACGGCGCCACCAAGCGCCACUCCUGUCUCUCAGAGCUUCAGUUCGCGUACCUCCUCGAUCUCAACCACCUCCUCGACUCCCUUUCCACACCCGUCACUCCUCGCAUCGUCACCUAUACGCAGGAAGCCGUUGCCGCCGAACGUCACCCCUUUGCACUUCGAGCCGGUGCAGUCGAGGAGGCCGUCAGCCUGCUCCGUGGGCCAUGAGUCGCUGCCCCCGUCCGCUACGUCGAUCAAUUUCUCCGUGAGAGACCUGGACAAAUUCCCACAUGGGUAUUCUCCGACCCGUCAGAAGCCAGGAUACCAUCACCUCAAGCACUCCACCAUCUCCGUGCUCGAAACACCCCAAUUCCGGCAGUCGACGCGGGCCCGUCUCACAAGCGAACCACUCCUGUCCGGCCGCAACCUGAAUGCGGUAAUCCAGAACCUCAAAGAUCACAAACGGUCUUUCACCAUGGCUCUGAACCCUCCCCAACACACACCAUCCGCCAGACCACCGCCUCUGCGCGUCGACUCUGCUAGUGUCAGAUCCAUGUCGAACGGCUCUGUCGACUACCGGCCCACGCCAAAGACCCCAGGAAGCAAAAUCACUUCCUUCUUUGGCUGGAAGAGCUCCAGCGUCAGCACGGGCGCUACUUCGCCCGGCAACGAAUCCAGUAGCACCGAGAUAUCGGAGUCUGUCCUCUCACCCAUGCCCUCUCCCAUGAACACAUCCACACAAGCCUCAACAUACACUGCCCAUUCAACUCAAGACUCCUUCUCCUCCGCGCCCAAGAUGACGGGCCGAUCCCAGACCAUGCCCAUGGAUGCCAGCGUCACCACCCGGUUAGCCGACAUGGAACACGAGCUGCAGGUCAUCACCUCGGAGCUGGCAAACUCAAUUCGUCGCGAGAUGGAGCUGGAGGAUAUGGUCGAGCGGAUACAGACUGAAAACAGUGAAUCCGAUAGACGGAUGAGUGAUUAUUACUACUCUGAUUCAGGCAAUGGCUCCGUCAAGGCUUCGUCGAGUGACAGUGGAAGCACCAAGGCCGAGGACGUCGAGAAGCUGAAGAGAAGUUUUGAGCAGGAACGCGCUCAGCUUAGAAUCGACCUGUCGCAGAAAUGGCAGGAAGAAAGGUCACGGCGGCAGACUGCAGAGUCGCACGUUCAGCUCCUAGAAUCUCAGAUAAGUCAGUUUCGACGUGAAAAGGUAGAUGCGUCAAACGUCGCCGGAAAGUCAAAAGAACUCGAAGCAGCACUAGAAGACACUCGUCGUCGAUUAACGGAAGAACGACAUUUGAAAGAUAAUAUGGAGGACCUUCUCACAGGCAUGAGAGUUGAGCUUGAACAGCAAAAGUACGAACGCGACCAGCUACAAGCCCAGAUGCAGCAAGAUAUGCAGAACCUCCGCAAUGAAAACACGCUCCUAUCACAGACUCGAAAACUGCAACCUGACCUACCGCAGUCUCCCCGUAUAGACUCAAUUGCAGAAGAAGCGAUCGGUAUAGGCAUCGGCCUAGGCAAUAGAACAUCCGGUGGCCUGUCCAGGUCAAACUCCCUUGCCAGGAUGCCUCCAGUACGAAACGGCAUCUCUCGAUCCGGCUCGCUUUCCCGCCCAGCUUCAAUGAUAGUAAAGGGACCAGAAUUCCACGAGUCAUUAGUAAACCAGAUGAAGGACGUCGAGACUCAGCGUGACGCCCUCCACCAGACGGUAAAGAGCCUGCUUGAUCGGCAAGCCUACCAGGCUCGACAACACGAGAAACGUCUCCGGCUCGUUGAACUCGAGCUCCAUCGCGCUCGACAAUCCAGCUCCCCUCGCAAAAAGGGCUACGAGCGUGAUGUCAAACACUUACGUGAAGAAAUCAACCUCCUCCGUCGCCGCGCUGAUGACGCUCUAGAUCAAAAAUGGCAGUGUGAGAAGGGUCUUGCUGGACUGAAGAUGGAUCUCGACCGUGCUGAACAAGAGACCGGCUCUCUUCGAGCAUUGUUGCAGGAUUACGACAUCCCCGUCCCUCAGAUGGAUGGUACAAAUGCGGAUGGAAUGACCGAUUUCCACGCUACCGCCAGCUCGCUAGAAGAAACAUACGAACAACUCCGUAUCGAAAAGGAGAACGCCGUACCGGGCUCCCCAAUUCCAAAUGAAGCACUAGAAGCCGAGAUCAAGAAACAAGUCGCGUUUAAUGCCUCACUCCGUGCCCGACUUGCCGAUGCCAUCAACCAAGGCGAACAAGAACAGAAGCGCUCCGCACUAAAGAUCAAUGAGAUGCAAUCCAGGCUAAAAUCCCUCGAGGAAACGCUAAUGGUAGCUCAGCAACGCUCAGAGGAAGAGGUCGGUAUGCAUGAGCAGGAAAUCUCCGCUCUCACAGAGAACCAUAAUGCGCUCCUCCUUAGAGCCAAGGAUGGCAUUCGAAGCCCCAUGAUGCUUUCUCCCGUCCUGCCAAACUCGCCAUUCCCUUCAGCUAGAUCGCCUCGUCUUAGCAGGACAACCAGCGGAGAGGCCCUGGCGCUGAACCAAGUGGCGCAGACCGAGAAUCUGGAGCAGAAAGUCAGGGCUUUGGAACAGGCGUUGAGGGACGCGGAUGCCGAGAUGGGAGAGGUCGUGAGUCGCAUGAACACGGCACAGAUGCAGGUGGCGGAAUUGCAGUCGGACAGGUAA